CCCAGUUCCAAAUAAACAAAUACUGACAGAGAAAGCCAGAGAAAACCAAAAGCCGAAAGAACUCUCUCUCUCUCUCUCUCUCUCUCUCUCUUUCUCUUUCUCUUGCGCUAUUGUCUACGUUCACAACGGCCAUUGAGGGGAAACCGACCGACAGGCGAGGCUGGGAAGGAGGGGAGGGAAGUGAAGAGGCCUAGAACUUGCUCAAUCCCUUGUCUUUCAUCUCGGUCUCUUUGAUUCCUUCAUUUUAAGGCUUGGGUUUGUUGGUGAUUUCAUCUGUGAGCGUCCCCCUUCUUUGGGGGAAAAGUAGGGGAGAAUUCUCUUUUGAAUUGGAGGUUUAUCAGUGCUCAUGCCGGAAUCUCCCUCUCUGGGUCCUGGACGGUCAGUCUCGCCAUCACUUUCAUCGCUGUCUUCUCGCUCUAGAGAAUCAAAUGGCGCAGUUGCUGGGGAUGACCCUGAGGGCACUAUGGCCACUGUGGCCCAGUUUGUGGAGCAGCUCCACACGAAUAUGUCAUCACCAUCUGAGAGGGAGUUGAUCACCACAGGAUUGCUAGCUGUUGUUAGAGCAAAGAAGGAGGCACGUACUUUGAUUGGGUCCCAUUCUCAGGCAAUGCCAUUGUUCAUAUCUAUUCUUAGAAAUGGUACAUUGACGGCCAAAGUGAAUGUUGCGUUAACUCUAAGUGUUCUCUGUAAGGAAGAUGACUUGCGUGUGAAGGUGCUUCUUGGUGGCUGUGUGCCUCCAUUGCUUUCUCUUCUUAAGUCUGACUCUUUCGAGGCAAGGAAGGCUGCAGCUGAGGCCAUAUUUGAAGUAUCCUCUGGUGGCCUUUCGGAUGAUCACAUUGGCAUGAAAAUAUUUAUAACUGAGGGUGUUGUGCCAACCCUGUGGGAACAACUUAACCCAAAGAUCAAGCAGGACAAGGUGGUUGAGGGCUUUGUGACUGGAGCGUUGAGGAAUCUUUGCGGGGAUAAGGAUGGUUACUGGAGGGCCACACUUGAGGCUGGAGGAGUUGAGAUCAUCACCAGCCUUCUUUCUUCAGACAACACGUCAUCGCAGUCGAAUGCUGCCUCUCUCCUUGCUCGCCUUAUCUUGGCUUUUGGUGAUAGCAUCCCGAAAGUUAUUAAUGCAGGGGCAGUUGAAGCUCUUCUCCGUCUGCUUGGUCGUGAUAAUGACAUAUCAGUUCGUUCUAGUGCUGCUGAUGCCUUGGAGGCCCUCUCAUCCAAAUCUGUUACAGCCAAGAAAGCUGUGGUGGAUGCUGGUGGCAUACCAAUCUUGAUUGGGGCUGUCGUUGCCCCUUCCAAGGAAUGCAUGCAAGGGGAAUCGGGCCAUGAAUUGCAGGAACAUGCAGUUCGUGCUUUAGCAAACAUCUGUGGUGGUCUGUCUUCUUUAAUCCACUACCUAGGCGAACUCUGCCAAUCUCCUCGUCUAUCUUCACCUGUGGCAGAUAUAAUUGGAGCAUUGGCAUAUGCACUGAUGGUUUUUGAAGGCAUUGAAGAGGAGUUCAAUGCUAUUAAGAUUGAAGACACUCUAAUAAUGUUGCUAAAACCAAGGGAUAAGAAAUUGGUACAGGACCGGCUUCUUGAGGCAUUGGCCAGCCUUUAUGGCAAUGCUUGGGUUUCCAAUAAGCUUGAUUAUGCUGAUGCAAAGAAGGUUCUUAUUGGGCUGAUAACCAUGGCUUCUGCCGAUGUACAGGAGCAGCUGAUUGUCUCUUUAACAAGCUUAUGCUGUGACGGUCUUGGCAUAUGGGAAGCACUGGGGAAGAGAGAAGGGAUCCAAUUACUUAUAUCACUCCUUGGACUUUCUGGUGAGCAGCACCAGGAGUAUGCUGUUGCUUUAUUGGCAAUUUUAACUAAUCAGGUUGAUGAUAGCAAGUGGGCUAUUACAGCUGCUGGUGGUAUCCCUCCGUUGGUGCAGUUGCUAGAAACAGGUUCUCAGAAAGCAAGGGAAGAUGCAGCUCAUGUUCUGUGGAAUCUCUGCUGUCACAGUGAUGACAUUCGUGCAUGCGUUGAGAGUGCUGGAGCUGUUGCAGCCCUCUUGUGGCUUCUUAAGAGUGGCGGGCCAAAAGGGCAAGAAGCUUCAGCUAAGGCACUGAAGAAGUUGAUCCGCUAUCCUGAUUCAGCUACUAUCAACCAGUUGCUAGCAUUGCUCCUUAAUGAUACUCGAAGUUCAAAAUGCCAUGCCAUAACUGUUUUGGGUCAUGUCCUAAUCUUGGCCUCUCAUAAAGAUUUGGUGUGCAAAGGGGCUCCUGCUAAUAAAGGUCUCAGAUCUCUUGUUGAAGUUCUUAACUCAUCCAAUGAAGAGACUCAAGAGUGUGCUGCUUCAGUUCUUGCGGAUUUGUUUAACAUUCGACAAGAUAUCUGUGACAGCCUUGCAACAGAUGAGAUUGUUCAUCCAUGCAUGAAGCUUUUGACUAGCAAAACUCAAGUUGUUGCAACCCAAUCUGCACGAGCCUUAGGUGCACUGUCUCGUCCAACCAAGUCUAAGGCUGUGCAUAAAAUGUCCUACAUUGCAGAAGGUGAUGUUAAACCCCUAGUUAAGAUGGCAAAAACGUCCUCCAUUGAUGCCGCUGAAACUGCAGUUGCUGCUCUGGCAAAUCUUCUCUCUGACCCAAAAAUUGCUGGGGAGGCUCUUGAAGAUGACAUUAUCUCAGCUCUCAUGAGAGUGCUCGGUGAAGGCACAUUGGAAGGCAAGAUGAAUGCUUCUCGUGCAUUCCAUCAGUUAAUAAACCACUUCCCUCUGGGUGAUGUGCUAACUGAAAAUUCUCAAUGUCGUUUUUUGGUUCUCACACUUGUGGAUACCUUAGCUCCCACUGACAUGGAAGGAAUUAGUUCCUCAGAGUCUCUAGAUGUUCUUGCUUUGCUUUCGAGAACAAAACAAUGUGUAAAUUUCUGUUAUCCUCCAUUGACCCCUCUUGCUGAAUCGCCCGAAACUUUGGAGCCAUUGGUUCAAUGUCUAGCUGUUGGUCUACCUCCAGUACAAGAUAAAGCAAUCGGGAUACUUUCAAGGUUAUGUAGGGAUCUGCCUGUUGCACUUGGUGAUCGCUUAGGAAGGCCAGAAUAUAUCUUGUCUCUUGCUGACAGGAUAAUGAAGUCGUCCAGUUUAGAAGUAAGAAUUGGUGGAGCUUCACUUCUUAUUUGUGCUGUAAAGGAGCAUAGACAUCAAUCGGUGGACGUGCUUGAUACAUCAGGACGUCUAGAAGCACUUAUUUAUGCUCUGGUCGAAAUGUUAAAAUAUCAUUCCAGAUGCAGUUCAGAAAUUGAAGGCCGGGUUUCCAGAGGCUAUCUAGAUAGAAAUACUUUCCACCCAGAAGGGGAUGAUGUGGUGGUUCCUGAUACUGCAGCUGUUUUGUGUGGAACAGUUUCCUUAUGGUUGCUAUCAAUAAUUUCUUCUUCUCACAUGAAAAGUAAACUGACCAUCAUGGAAGCUGGGGGGGUUGAGGCACUAUCACAAAAGCUUGCAGGUUAUGCAGCCAAUCCUCAGGCGGGAUUGGAGGAUGCAGAUAGUAUAUGGGUCAGUGCCCUUCUUUUAGCUGUCUUGUUCGAGGAUGAAACAGUGGUUCUAUCUCCAGCCACCAUGAAGAUUAUCCCAUCCCUUGCGUUCUUACUUAAGUCUGAUGAGAUUAUAGACAGAUACUUUGCUGCUCAAGCAAUGGCUGGUCUUGUUUGCUCUGGGGAUAAGGGACUAAAUCUUUCUAUUGCAAAUUCAGGUGCUGUUGGUGGGCUAAUAACUCUCAUUGGUCACAUAGAAUACAAUAUGCCGAACCUUGUUGCGUUGUCUGAAGAGUUUAAUUUGCUGCACAACCCUGAUCAAGUUGUUCUAGAGCAUUUAUUUGAUACUGAAGAUGUAAGAACUGGGGCAACUGCCCGCAAGUCUAUUCCGUUAUUAGUGGACCUUCUGAGACCAAUACCAGACAGACCAGGUGCUCCUCCAACUGCUGUUCAACUUCUAAUGCGCUUGGCACAUGGGAGUGAUGCAAACAAAUUGGCUAUGGCGGAAGCUGGUGCACUGGAAGCUUUAACAAAAUAUCUCUCCUUGAGUCCUCAAGACCCAACAGAGACUAUCAUAACUGAUCUCUUGGGAAUCUUGUACAGCAAUUCUGAGCUCCUUAAUCAUGAAACUUCAUUUAGCUCCUUGAGUCAGCUUGUAGCUGUUUUACGGUUGGGCUCAAGAACUGCCAGGCUUAGUGCUGCAAGGACUCUACAAGAGCUAUUUGAUGCGGAGAACAUUAGAGAUACUGAAAUGGCCAGGCAGGCGAUUCAACCUUUAGUUGACAUGCUUGACACAGGAUAUGAGAGGGAGCAACAGGCUGCUCUUGUUGCAUUGAUCAAAUUGACAUCUGGAAGUACUUCCAAGGCACUGUGCCUGACUGAUGGGGAAGGCACACCACUUGAGACACUCUACAAAAUUCUGUCAUCUAACUCAUCAGUGGAACUCAAGAAAGAUGCUGCUCAACUUUGCUAUAUUCUCUUUGUAAAUUCAAAUGUGCGAGCUAUGCCCACAGCCUCAGAUUGUAUUCAACCUUUAAUAUCACUGAUGAAUUCAAACUCAGCUGUUGCUGUAGAAUCUGCUUUGCGUGCUUUUGAGAGAUUGGUAGAUGAUGAGCACCAUGCAGAUAUUGCAGCAACAUCUGGAGUUGUGGAUCUUCUUGUUGGAUUUGUUUCUGGGUCAAACUCUCAUCUCUCAGACCUCAGUAUCAGUGCCCUUAUAAAGCUGGGGAAGGACCGUCCAGACUGCAAGCUUGAUAUGGUUAAUGCUGGAAUAAUUGACAAGGCACUUGAAAUGCUCCCCGUUGCUACAGGUUCUGUUUGUUCUUCCAUUGCAGAGCUGAUUCGCAUAUUGACAAAUAAUACUGGUAUUGCAAAAAGUGCUGCUGCUGCAAGAACGGUGGAACCUCUUUUUCUGCUUUUAAAACGUACAGAUUUUACCAUGUGGGGGCAGCAUAGUGCCUUGGAAGCACUUCUAAACAUUUUGGAGAAGCCGCAGAGUCUAGCAACCUUGAGAUUAACACCCAGUCAAGUUAUUGAACCCUUGAUAUCAUUUCUCGAGUCCCCAUCCCAAGCCAUCCAGCAGCUUGGCACACAAUUAUUGUCACAUCUUCUAGAGCAGGAGCAUUUCCAGCAGGAUAUCACCACAAAGAAUGCUGUGGUGCCUCUUGUACAGCUUGCCGGCAUUGGAAUUCUGAGCUUGCAGCAAACAGCAAUAAAAGCACUUGAGAGUAUAUCUGUGAGCUGGCCAAAAGCUGUUGCUGAUGCUGGAGGCAUAUUUGAGCUUUCUAAGGUUAUUAUUCAGGAUGAUCCCCAGCCUAGUCUUGCAUUGUGGGAGUCAGCUGCUCUGGUGUUAUCUAAUGUUUUAAGAUAUAAUGCUGAGUACUAUUUUAAGGCCUCAGUUUUGGUGCUUGUAAGAUUGUUGCACUCCCAAUCGGAGAGUACUAUAACGGUAGCUCUCAAUGCUCUCAUUGUUCGAGAGAGGGCUGAUGCUUCAAGCUCUGUAUUGAUGGCGGAGGCCGGUGCUGUAGAUGCACUCUUAGAACUCUUAAGAUCUCAUCAAUGUGAAGAAGUUUCUGUCAGAUUGCUUGAAGCCUUGUUUAAUAAUGUGCGGGUGCGAGAAAUGAAAGUCGCCAAAUAUGCAAUAGCCCCUCUGUCUCAAUACUUGUUAGAUCCUCAAACCAGAUCACAAACUGGAAGGUUUCUUGCGACUCUGGCGCUUGGUGACCUUUUCCAAAACGAUGGUCUUGCCAGAGCCACUGAUGCAGUGUCUGCAUGUCGUGCUUUAAUAAGUCUUCUUGAAGAUCAGCCAACAGAAGAGAUGAAAAUGGUGGCAAUUUGUGCAUUGCAAAGCUUGGUUAUGCGCAGUAGGACGAAUAGGCGGGCAGUGGCAGAGGCAGGAGGAAUAUUGGUUGUGCAGGAAUUACUCCUAUCUCCGAAUGCUGAAGUAGCUGCACAGGCUGCAUUGCUGAUCAAAUAUCUCUUUUCAAAUCAUACACUCCAAGAAUAUGUAUCAAAUGAGCUUAUCAGAUCACUGACAGCUGCACUAGAAAAAGAGUUGUGGUCUGCUGCAACUAUCAAUGAAGAGGUUCUCAGGACCAUUUAUGUAAUCUUUUGCAACUUCAAGAAACUUCGCACAUCUGAAGCAGCCACCCUGUGCAUCCCACAUUUAGUGGGUGCACUGAAAGCUGGGAGUGAAGCUGCCCAAGACUCUGUUUUGGACACCUUUUGUUUACUGAAGGAAUCAUGGCCAGAGAUGAAUGUGGACAUCGCAAAAGCUCAAGCCUUAAUUGCUGCGGAAGCCAUCCCUAUAUUACAACUACUUAUGAAAACUUGUCCACCUAGUUUCCAUGAAAGAGCUGACAGCUUGCUGCACUGCUUACCAGGUUGUUUGACAGUGACCAUCAAACGUGCAAAUAACUUGAAGCAAACUAUGGGGAGCACUAAUGCAUUCUGUCGGCUGACAAUAGGAAAUGGCCCUCCAAGGCAGACGAAGGUAGUGAGCCAUAGCACAUGCCCAGAAUGGAAGGAGGGUUUCACUUGGGCUUUUGAUGUUCCUCCAAAAGGGCAGAAGCUCUAUAUUCUCUGCAAAAGCAAAAAUACAUUUGGAAAGACAACCCUUGGGAGGGUAACCAUUCAAAUCGACAAAGUUGUGACAGAAGGAGUAUACAGUGGGUUUUUCAGUCUAAGUCAAGAUGCAAAUAAGGAUGGAUCAUCAAGAACACUUGAAAUUGAAAUUGUAUGGUCCAAUAGAAUGUCCAGUGAUGGCAUGUAGAUUUGUUCAUCAACAGCAGUAGUAUCUUAGCUAUACUAAGGUCCAGUGGCAUUGCCUGGGAAGUUGGUUUGUUGUUUGUAAAUGUCCUAUGAUCUCCAGUUUUGCUGUCACAUGAGAAGACGAUGAAUAUUAAGUGCGAAUCAUUUAUACUUGUUGUGGAUCUGUAAAGCCGAAGAACAUAAUAAGGUUCUGAAUCAUCAAUGGACGGGUGAAGACGUCGGUAAUAUUGGAUUCUACAUAGUUUUGCUUUUGUACAGGCUAGGUGUUCAUUCCUGUAAUUACAAUGGGCUUGUGAUCAUGGAUGUCUCAUGGGAGAUGGGUGAGGUGCAGCUGCCUUUGUUUUUAAGUAGGUUAAAGGGGAGCAUCACCAUCAUUAUAUAUGAUUAAUUAAGUGAUUAGUGUUCUGGUUUGCAUAAUUAUUUGGGUAAACUGGCUGGGAAAUUAAUACAUUCUGUAGUUAUUUAUUAUGUCUCAUGUCUGUACAGUGAUUUUAUUUUCUAAUUUUUGAUAAAUUCUAUUUUAACAGUUUAAUA